AUCUCUCUCUCUCUGGAUCGUGAGGUUUAAGCUGGGUUUAAUCGCAUUCGUAGCCCUAGAAAUUUGGCGCCUUCCCUCUUCAAUUCAAUUGGGUUUCUUGGGUACCUCCGUAAACCAUCCCCAAUUUCGCUAAUUCGCUAGGGUUUCUUCCGAAUCUCUCUCGUCCUUCUUCCUUAUCGAUUCUGCUGCUUCCAGAGGUUUAACGGCGGGGAAGGCUUCUUCUCCUGUACCGAGAGGAGAACUUGCGUGUGUGGUUGGUGGGGGGGAAUGAGUUAAACAAUAUUGAUUCAAGAGGAUGGUUCUACAUGUUACUCUGUGCAAAGCUGUAAGAAAGGUUGAAUAUGACCAAUGGAGGAGGCGGGGAGGGUGGAGGAAGUGGGAAAGGGAAUCGUUUUGGCGGCAAUGAUUUCACCUACGCAGUCACUAGAAUGGCCGUUGCGCAGAUAUGCGAGAGCGUCGAGAUUAGCUCUUAUCAGGAGUCACAUGCACGUGAAGGCGCUAGGUUCAGUUCUUUUCAAGAGACUGCGCUCGAGAGACUAACAGAGGUAGUGAUACAGUACAUUCAAAGCGUUGGGAAGACGACGCAGUUCUAUGCUAAUAUGGCUGGUAGAGUAGAAGGUAAUGCUCUUGAUAUUGUUCAAGCGUUGGAGGAUUUGGGUUCUGGGAUGGGUUUCAGUGGUGCUCAUGAUGUUGAGCAUUGUCUUGCUGAUUCCGGUGUGGUCAAGGAUAUUAUACGUUAUACAGCGGAAGCGGAGGAGGUGCCUUUUGUUUACUCUCUUCCUCGUUUCCCUUUUAAUAAAGGGAAGAGACCAGCUCCUAGCUUUGCUGAGGUUGGAGCUGAGGUACCAGAUGAGCAUAUUCCUGUUUGGCUUCCUGCUUUUCCCCAAACCAAGAUGUCUAGCGAGUUGGAGGAGACUAGUGCUGACAAAAUACAGGGAGAGGUGAAAAGUAAAGAAAACGGAUUGUCUUUACAGUCUGUCGAUGUUGAUAGGGUAAAAGUUCUGAAAUCCGUGGAUCAGAAGGAUGUUCUGAAACCAACAGAGGAACCGGAAUGUAACCCGUUUCUUGCUGCACCAGUUUGGGUUGGAGAGAAGAACGUGCCACGUUUGUUUUGCCCGUCACAGCUUACAAAUGAAGAAGUUCAAGAUUCUGAGAAACAAGAGAACAAGAGCCAUCACAUUCCAUCCCUUGAGGCAUGUGCUCCAUCUGGUAUGAUCAAGGACAAGAUCAGAUUAGGUGAAACGGAGGAUGGAGAGAAAAAAGAUGGUGGGAGAACACAACGUAAGUUGCUCCGUUUCAAGAUUGGGACUAGAAAGGCCCCUGUGUGUUUGACGAUAAAAGAGAGCUUAGAGGAAAAGGGUUGGUUUCUAGAGGAUGGAGGCAAGAGGGAGAAAAAUGUAGAACGCGAAGAAAAGCCAGUAACCAUUGACACAAAUGUAAAAUAG